CACAUUUAUACACUGGUCGUGAGCUAACAGGCACUCAAAACGUUCUCCUGGACAAGGAACACACUUCAAACAUCGAUCUUGUGCGCGAUCGUAAUUCACAACAACAAUUAUGAACUUCGCAAUUGAACAUCCAGAGUUACAAAAGCCAGCAUUUAUGGAAUUUCCAAAUAUGCCGAGUCCGCUAAGCCAUCACUAUGGUCCUUACUAUCCACGCUGUGGUGUAGGAGCUCCAAGAUCAGAAUAUAGUUAUGGCGGUCGGAUGAACUUUCCUCUACAAGUGAACCAUCAUCUUGGGCCACCAGCACCACCAACCUCACACGCGUACUUACCGUAUGCGGUACCGCGUGAAUUAUAUGAAGGUAAGAUAUGACGCUCAACUACCUGUCACUAAAUAACUCUUGUAACUACUCUAUCUUCAUCAUCCGUAAUGUUUAGUCCUACACGUGGCGCUCAAUCUGUAUGUUAGCAAGUAAUCAUAAAGGAAAUGAAGCAGUGUAAAUUACCGUAUAAUAUUCGAUAUGGAUGUGUUUACAUAACUCUUGGAAAAUGAGGGACUAUUAGCGAGAUCAAUAAAUGCAUCUCUAUGGCAAAAUUUGAAAAUGGUUAAGAUGACAAUCUUCUCGCUGUUAGUCUUGACUAACGGACAGCAAUAGGCAGGUAGAUAUAUUGGCGCAACUUUGACACAAUACAAUAGCUUCAGCAUGAUCACGAAUUGCAUAUCAGUAUACAUUCAAAUGCCUCGGAGUCGAAGCAAAAAAUGAACAUUCGUUCAGACAAGUUAGAUUUCCUACCGCAAAUCAAACUAGAUUUGCGAAAAAUUCCUUACACGGGAUAGAUCAUACAAAAUGACUGUGGUAUAGGACCUUAACUGUCACACAGUGAGACUAACUCCUCAUUUUCAUCUUUGAGAAUAAAGAUUCGGCAUUCGAAGAAAAUUAAAUAAUUGCCACUAAUGCAACCCUUGCUUUAUACGAAUAGAGACCGAAAACAAACAUAAUAUGUUUAAUCUGUCCACAAGUGUAGGAAACUGUCACUUAACUGUUGUUUGCUUUUCAGAUCAUUCAGAUGAACCAAGAUUGAACAGUAAAGGCAAAAGGCCUCGUAAACCAAGAACAAUCUACACCAGUUAUCAACUACGAGAACUAAACAGAAGGUUUGAACGUACGCAGUAUCUUGCGCUACCUGAACGAGCUGAACUCGCCGCGAGACUUGGCUUAACUCAAACACAAGUGAAAAUUUGGUUUCAGAAUAAAAGAUCUAAAGUUAAGAAAUUGAUGAAGAAUGGUGGAGAACGGAAUCCGGAUGAAAAGCCUCUACAGAAUGUCGCGACAUCUCUUUGGAACAAUUCAAUACAGAAAAGUGAGAACGAUAUAAAUGAGAACGAUAAUCUACCUGAUCAUUGGUCUCUAUCAAAUCCAACCCAACUAGACUGUAAUUCACCAUUUCAAACAAGGCAUUAGCUAGGCUGUAUUUACGAAAAAUGACAGUUGAACAUUCACGUCUUGGUCAAAGCAAGAUAUUAUUUAUUGAUUGUAAAUCACUCUUAAAAGACUGUGUGAGAAGCAUGUGGAAGUCACGAAUCUGUUGAACUAAAAAAAUGUUCAAUAUUUUUAAAUUUGCUUAGCAAGUAAAUGCAUAUAGUAGAGGGUUGUAAAUAUAUCAGUAGAGGGGAUGUAUAGACUUUAAUAUCGUCGAUAUAGUGUUGUUUUUAAAUGUGAUGAGAGAUCAUCACUUAUAUCUGUAGAGAGAUCACACUAAGCUGUAAUUCACACAUGAUUGCAUGAACGCGUGAUCAUGUAAACACUAAUAUCUGACUGAGUGUCUCGACCUUUCGAGGGGAAUAUAAGAGAGUGACAAAACUAACAUAAAAAUCUAUUUAGAAUGAAUUUAUAUGUGUAAAUAAGUAAAUUUAGAGUAAUAGUUCAAAUUAUAAAAAUUAGAAGUCCGGAAAGUGUUUUUCUAUUUAGUUUAAACUGUAUAAAGGCGUGGGUUAAGGUGACGCGCCAAAGCACUUGUCAGCA